AUGGUUGUCCUCGCCGCCUCGAUAUGCACCCGAGGAGGGAAAGCUGUCCUCUCGAGGCAGUUCCGCGAGAUGCCCCGUUCGAGAAUAGAAGCGCUCCUGGCUUCGUUCCCCAAGCUUGCCGAUAGCGGCACUCAGCACACCACGGUCGAGCAGGAUAACGUCCGCUUCGUGUACCAGCCCCUCGACGAGCUCUACAUGGUGCUCAUCACCAACCGCCAGUCCAACAUCCUUCAAGACAUCGACUCGCUCCACCUGUUUGCUCAGGUUGUCACUAGCACGUGCAAGAGCUUGGACGAGAGGGAGAUUGUGCGCAAUGCCUACGAGCUUCUCAGCGCAUUCGACGAGCUCGUCACCCUGGGCUACAGGGAGAACCUGACGCUGAGCCAGAUCAAGACCUUCUUGGAGAUGGAGAGUCACGAGGAGCGGAUCCAGGAGAUUAUUGCUCGGAACAAGGAGUUGGAGGCCACCGAGGAGCGCAAGAGGAAAGCCAAGCAGCUGGAGAUGCAGCGCAAGGAGUCGGCAAGGACUGGACGUGGCAACAUCCCUCGCACUCCUGUCUACCCGACUUACACGCCGCCUACCCGCCCUGCUGUCACCGACACAUACGACAGCUAUGAAGCCGAGAAGAACAAGUCCAAGUUCACUGCGCCCAAAGGAAAGGGCAUGCAGCUCGGCAAGAAGUCGAAGACGACAGAUAUGUUUGAGAGGGUCCGCGGCGAGAUGGGCCCCGAAGUCGACGAUACACCCCUGGUGCCCGCCGUUUCGACUCCUGUUGCCGAACACGCUGCUGCGCCCCGCGCCUCGACAGCAUUGGAUCGCGAUGCGAUCCAUGUGACCAUCACCGAGGCCAUCUCGGCAAAGAUCUCAAGAGACGGUGCCCUGAAUUCGCUCUCUGUCAGCGGAGACUUGAAUCUGCACGUGUCGGAUGCUUCUCUCACGAAGAUCAAGAUGAACUUGCAGGCCCAGCCCUCUCACGGCGCUCAGUUCCGGACUCACCCCAAGGUUGACCGUAACCAGUUCAACAGCUCCAAGGUCAUUCAGAUGAGCAACAAUGCUCAGGGCUUCCCUGUCAACAACACCGUCGCCGUGCUCCGGUGGCGAGCAUCCCCAAAGACGGACGAUUCCAGCGCGUUGCCGAUCAGCUUCACCGUCUGGGUCAACAAGGGCUCCGAUGGCAAUUGCAACAUGACAGUAGAGUACGAGUUGACGGGAGGUGACGCGCUCAAGGACGUCAGCGUCGUUAUUCCCUACUCGAGCGUGGAGCCAGUAGUCUCGAGCUUCGACGCGACCUACGAAGUCUCGGGCGAUAGCCUCGAGUGGUCAGUCGGCAAUGUCGAUGACGAGAACCCGAAUGGAUCAUUCGAAUUCGAGGCCCAGACUGAUGACGAGAACGAGUUCUUCCCCAUGCAAGUUCGCUUCUCGAAGAGUUCGCCCUAUGUCGACAUUGAUGUCACAUCUGUGGAGUUGGUAGAAAUGAACGAGGAGGUGACUUUCUCGAAGGAGGUCAAGUCUCAUGCCGAGUCCUACCUGAUUGAAUAA